UGUUCCCGCAGGCCGCGCAGCUCCCGCUCCCGCUGCUCGAUCUCAACGCUCAACCACGCCGCCUCCGCGCCGCCGGCCAUGUCUAAGGAGAAGGGCGGGCAGACCCAGCUUCCGCCUCCGGCCGGCGACUUCCGUUCUCGCCGCGAGCGCCGAUUGGCUAUGCGGUGCCGGGAGGAGCCGCGCUGUGACAUGGCGGCGCGCAGCGGCAACAAGUUCUCGGUGCUGCUGCCCACCUACAACGAGCGCGAGAACCUGCCGCUCGUCGUGUGGCUGCUGGUGCGCACCUUCCGCGAGAGCGGGACGGACUUCGAGAUCAUCGUCAUAGACGAUGGCAGCCCGGACGGGACGCAGCAGAUUGCCGAGCAGCUGGAGAAGAUCUACGGCUCGGAUAAAAUCGUGAGUGGCGCUUCUUGCCUUUCCUUCUCCGGGAAGCGCCGGUGUUACUUUGAUGCAGCUCACUUAGCAGAGUUGAAGGUCUGUUGGUACUUUGUGCUGAGCUGCAGGAGCGCGGCUUGA